AACACACACACCAAGUGUGUCUGUGUGUGCGUUUUUUUCCCUUUGGUUUUUCCUCCGCAAAAUCUCUUUCUUCCUCCAAAAAAAUGGAAGACGAUUAUGUUACAAACAUUCAUAUUGGUCCUUCUUCCAGGACUAACACUCAACAAGGAGAAGGGUCGUCGGGAAUCAAAGAACAAGAUCGUUUGCUUCCGAUCGCAAACGUUGGGAGAAUCAUGAAGCAAAUAUUGCCACAAAACGCGAAGAUCUCGAAAGAAGCCAAGGAAACAAUGCAAGAAUGCGUGUCGGAGUUCAUUAGCUUCGUGACGAGCGAGGCGUCGGAGAAGUGCCGGAAAGAACGGCGGAAGACGGUGAACGGCGACGAUAUUUGCUGGGCUCUAGGGACAUUAGGCUUUGAUGAUUAUGCUGGACCCCUCAAGAGGUAUUUGAAUCGGUAUAGAGAGAUUGAAGGUGAUAGAUCAGGUGGUACUAAUAAUCAUAAUAAUCAAGGCCAAAUUUAGAGCUAGCCCUCUUCAUAUAUAUUCCAUUUGUGAGAUUUCUUGACGAAAUUUUUGAGGAAUAUUUCAUUUAUGUUUAUUUGUUUCUCCUUUUUUUUCUGUUUAAUAGAGUAGUUUUUUAAAUUUUUAGGUAUCUUCAUAUUUAGCUUUUUAUUUAUUUUUCCCUAUCCAUGAAUUUUAGGCUUAUUUCACCAUUGUUGUGAAGAAGAAGAAGAAAGAAGAAGCAGAGUCUUUGUUUUAAUUUGUUUUUUGUUUUGUUUUUUCUAGACGAAUUUUCAAUUUGUAGCAG